AUGUCCUACUGGUGCCACUCCCGUCCGAUGAAAAUGACACACGAGGAAGUCGGUUCGGACGGUCGGAGUACGCCCUAUGAGGAGUGUGAACCGAUUUACGCCUGGAUAUUCGCUCGCGCCGGAAUUCUAUUGGCCCCGCUGGUCGCUGAGCACUGGAAUCAGCCUCGACCUUGGACGAAUAGGCAGAUCAGUGUGUUCUGUCCCGCCGCCAUACAGGCGGACUAUUUGGAGGGCCUGAUGCAAAAAUCCCAGCUACGCAAUCAGGCCAAAAGUCAGAGCUGCCUAAACGAUUUGUUUAGCACGUUGUACUGGGUCUGGGGUCGGGCGCUUAUCGGAACAGAUCAAUCACGAAGUUCCAACGAUGCGCUCAGUUUGUCUCAACCUGCUCCAAGUGGUUCGCAACCGGAUUUGGAUGUUUCAGAAACACUGGCCUCGGCAAAUCACUUAUACAUUUUUGAUGCAAUACUGAAGAAGCAUAGUCACGUGCCUGACAAAGAGGAUGUGGAUGCUUCCGAUCACGGAUGUGGUUCUGUACCGGCCGAAGGAUUCUUUGGUAGUACCAAACGCCGUAUUAUUCCACCACGUCGACGGAAAACCAUCACAGGAUUGCAAUGGACCAAGAGUCCCGGGUCUGGCACAGUUGAUUCUCAGUCCGGUUCGCCUCUAACUCCUAACAAAUUUAACGGUCCGUUCCGAUCGAAUACAUUACGUCAAAAUGGGACCUCAGGACCUCUGAUGAUGAGCCAGGAUGCUCUUGUCCCCAGCCCCAGCCAUAGUGCUCUGCCCCGUUGGCGUCCUUGGGCCCCACAAAAUCUGGCACAAUUAAAUGCCCUGAACGACUUAACAACACAAGAUCGAGCGUAUCACGUCCAACUGUCCGGAUUUCAACCUCAGCAACAGCAACAACAAUUACGAGUGUUGGUGAUGGAUGAGGCCACCAAUCAAAUACAGUACCAAUCGUAUCCGCUACGACCAAAUCUGACCGUGAAUGAGCUNGAAUGA